AUGUCCAGCAGCCUUGCAACUAUAUCAUCACAACUCAUGAAUCAGUCUCAUUGGCUCGAUCAGUACGCCUCGAAUUAUCACGAAUGGCACGAGGUACAAAUCCAUGACAGACAUUGCUUCUAUCGGCCCUUGGGUAUAGUAGAGACGGCCUUCGAUUCUGAUGGCAUCUACUAUGAAGGCCGGGCGGACGUCAAUGCCUAUCUUGAUCUUGCUGUCAGGCAUCGUCUGUCACAAGUGCAGCUUCGCCAGAGAAUUACUCUAGCGUGGACGGUCCUCCGUUUAUCGCACGUCCUUCUGCUAGCAAGGGCUGUGGAUAGGAAACAAUUCAUGACUGCUGGCAAUAUCGCUCAGAAACGCUUCUUUCUGAUCUACUCUCCCGGAGACUACCAAGAAGCACUCAAAGAUGCCACCAACUCAUUGUCCUUCAUUGAACAGCCUCUGGAUGAAGGUGGACUUUCAAAGUUCUAUCGCCAUGCACAGAACACAGGCCGCAUCGUAAAUGCCGAUGAGUUUCUUGCUAAGCUGUUCAUCUUUCCAACAGGUGACAACGUAGGAUCGAAGACUAGCUUAAAGUUCCUGUUUGUCAAUGCUCAUCAGAUAACUGAUGGGCUGACUAACUUUACAUGGUUAAGUCAUUUUGUCAAGCUCUUGAACACACCUCUCCAGACUCUCAAAGAUGCUGUCGAUGAUCUCUCGCAUCGAGCAUCGAUCCGAACUCGACUUCCACUACCUCAAGAGGAUUUGUAUCCUCGCAUCUCCGGUUCCGCGGCAAAGAAGCGCUGGUUCUGGCUUUUGACGCUUGUACUCCGACAUGUGAAGAGACCGAUGCCGGCAGCAUUUCCUAAUCCGCUGCGUCGUGCGACUCCUUUCAGGGAAGCCAUUGCAAUGCCUCGAACUUACGAUCCAUAUCUGAAUUACAACGCCAGACCUCCGUUGAACACGUUCACACGUAUGGCCAAAGUUCCGCAGUCUGCCACUAAAAGGCUUCAUCGUUGGUGUCGAGAAGCGGGUACGAGCAUUGGCGCAGGUGCUUUUGUGCUAGUCGCCAUGGUCAUGAUGUCUCUACAUGAGGAUCUCUACCCAAACGAAGCGUCAGAAUCUCGUCGUCCAUUCAUUGGUAGUUUUCCCAUCAAUCCACGGCCCUUCUUCAAGCAUCACGAAGCACCCGAUUCCAUGAUGCUAGCAUUCUCGGAUGGUGUGGUACUUCCAUUCUUGUCGUCUUCCCUGGAUCUGGAGACGCGCUUCAAAGUCUUGGUUAGGCAAGCACAUCGCCAGCUUGCAUUGUAUCAAAAGCGCGAGAAGGCAGAUGAAUCCAACUCACUUGCCUAUAUGGGGAGUAGAGGUGCAGGCAGGGUCAUCGCUAUGAACUACGUCGGCGCAAUGGAAAGACUUCGAUCAAAGCUCCCAGAAGAACUUCGACACAGCCUGGAGUAUCAUAGCCCUCAGGGUGACCUGGCUGCAGCACAGAACGGAAGUAUGGCUACAUGUGGUGUAAGCUCGGUGGGUCGAUCUGGAUGGCGUCAAGGAGAGUUCGAUGUCAAUGGAGAUCUUCAAGAAGGUGAGGAUGCCUUUGUGGCAGACUAUCGCUUCAGUAAACAGAACGUUCGCGCACGCGACGGCGAAUUCCUUGUGGGAGUUUGGGGUGAUGACGACGGAAUCGCUGCCAAUGUUUCCUAUGACGGCAACGCCAUUGACGAAGACAUGAUCAGGGAAUGGCAACAUAGAAUGGAGACUCUCCUGUUGGAGGAGGGUGCAACCGCCAAUCUGUGA